UUUUGUUCGCCGUGUAUUGACUGACAAAAGGGUAUAUUAAGCGUCUGGAUUGCUGAAUUCACUCAAACAAUUGCGCACAAUUUAGGCAAGGAAAUCGUGCUUUUUAGAUGUACAUGGCCUUCCGUUGGUCAUUUUGCAGAUUAUUGCAUGUGUAUAUGUGACGAAGAAUUUGUUCGCGAAACACAAAAAGUACAAAAAAGAAACAUUUCAUUGCCGUCGUCAAAGUGGAACAUCUCAAAGAUUCCAGACGUCAGAGGAAACUGCCUGACAAGACUGUUGUCGGCGUCGGCAUCGACUGGACGCGGUAUGAACAUCUCUGGGGUACGUCUCUCAGACACGACCCCACUACAAAAACCGGAAGUGCUAUGUAGAGUAUGCGGGGACAAGGCUUCUGGCAAGCACUAUGGUGUUCAGAGCUGUGACGGCUGUCGAGGUUUCUUUAAAAGGAGUAUCCGACGGAAUUUAGAAUAUGUGUGCAAAGAAAAUGGGAACUGUGUUGUUGAUGUCGCCCGCCGGAACCAGUGUCAGUCGUGCCGCUUCAAGAAGUGCAUAGAUGUCAACAUGAAUAAAGAUGCUGUUCAACACGAGAGGGCGCCACGUUGUUACCAGUACAAGAGAGAGGAACAUGAAGGUCACGAAAGACACUCGCCCUAUCCCAUAGGAGACUACCUUGAUAGGACUAGGACUGACUUCCGACAUAUGCAGUAUGGAACACAUAUUGGAUUUCCUCCGGAGUUUAAUUAUAACAGUAACAUUCCACCCGGCCGGUAUACUUCAGCUGAGAACCGACAGACUUGCUUCCGACCGAUUCCUCAUUCAGUUUCGCCAGGCUUAGCACAGUUCCGCGACACCCCACCCUCUUCCGGUUAUCACCCAAUCAGCAGUCUCCGAUCUUAUGGUGCCGGGCACCUUUCUGGCAUAGCAUCUACAGCAGAACAAAAUUUUGGGUACCAACAUGGAUUGACUAAUCGACGACCAUAUAAUCUAAACCUAUUUCCACCAAUGCAGGCAAGUCAUUCCAAUUCGUUCAGCGGAAAUGACUUAAAAGAAGAGCCAACCGGUUUCAGUUCUUUCCGUGACAAAAAGGAAACAGACGACAAAAAGAUUGACCAGUCACAGUCUUCUGAUGAGAUGAAUGAGCAUAUUUCUGUGUCCCGGUCUCCAUCCCCUGCCUCAAACACAGAGGGAAGUCCGAAAUCAAGUGACAGAUCUAUGCCUGAGCAAAGUCCAUCCCCGUCAUCUACAACAAAAUCCUCUAGCGAAGAAAGUGAUGACGUCAAAUGUGCUAUUUCCCCCGACCAAACAUCAUCACGUGACAGUCCAAGUAGGCAUACACCAACCAAACCACGCAUAGAAACAGAAGGCUACUUACCGAAGUACAUGCCCAGCAAUGCUUUGUUCAACAUUUCAUCCCUUGGGAUGUGCCCUCAGUACAAUUCCAAUCAUCGUGUGGAUAUCUCGUCACGUUCCCAACUCGAGGUCACCUACGAGACUGCGGCUAAAAUACUCUUCAUGUCAAUAAAAUGGGCGCGCAACAUCCCAUCUUUCCUGGCACUUCCGUUCCGGGAUCAGGCCAUACUGUUGGAAGAGUCUUGGAGUGAACUGUUUAUACUUAGUGCUGCACAGUGGUCUUUGUCACUGGAUAUAAAUUCCUUAAUGUCGGCCAUUGGUGUCUCAACAUCUGACCAAUCAGAACGUGCCAUAAUGUUACAUUCUCAAAUUCGGACAUUGCAAGAGAUUAUCCUUAGAUUUGCCGCAAUGCGAGUGGAUUCUACAGAAUACGCAUGCCUGAAAGCCCUCAUUCUCUUCAAAUCAGAAAUCAAGGGUUUACGUGAUUACCUCCAAGUAGAGUUAUUGCAGGAUCAAGCCCAGGUCAUGCUGACCGAAUACUGCUACGCCAGCCACCCAUCCAGCAAGGUCAGGUUCGGGAAACUACUGCUACAGUUACCGACCCUGAAGACCGUUGGGCCUAGGUCUGUUGAAGAAGUUUUCUUCAGAAGAACCAUAGGAAAUAUUCCGAUUGAGAGGCUUCUUUGCGACAUGUUUAAAUCCAGUUAAAAUGAUCAUAACUGCUUAAUGCUUUAAAUCCAGUUAAAUUAUUAAUUUCUGAUAAACGCUUCAGCUAACACAUUUACUAUCUCCUAGCGCUGUGUUAUAUCUUUAAAUACCAAAGCCAUACAUUAUUUGUUAAGUGCACAUUGUUCGCUCUCUCAGUAGAUCUACAUGAACAUGUUUGUUAUUUAUGUUGGAACAUUAGUCAAACCCAAGUAGGGUUCAAUUAUCAUUAAAAUGUUGCUUUACUAAGUUGCAUUGGUAGACAGUCAUGCCAUACACGGGAUAAACAAAUCUAUUCGAACUGUUCAAGAAAUACUCCGACCAGUUUUAAAACGUAUGAUUUACUUAUCACACAUACUGUUGAAUAUGGUCGUUUCCAAAUGCUAAAUGCAAAACAGAAGAUGUUAAAUGCCAAUUUGUAAUUGCUCACUCUAUAUUAUUCACAGACACAUAUAUCUACCAGUUAUGUCUCCCACCACACAGUGGUGUGGGAGACAUAUUGAUUUACUCCUGCCUGUGUGUGUGUGUGUGUCUGUCUGUCUGUCUGUCUGUCACAAAUUUUGUCCGCACUCUUAAGUCGAACAUUUUUUAUCCGAUCUUCACCAAAUUUGAACAAAAUGUGUUUGCCAAUAAUACCUUGGCCAGGUUCGAUAACUAGCCUAAUCGGCCAGGGCACUUCGGAAUUAUAGUCCUUGAAACUUGUUUUUGAUAAUCAAAGCACUGAAAGUCUGAUGAGGCAGUUGAGGUGACUCGUAUACUACUAUUCAGAUGAUUAGGCAGUUCUGGGAGACAUGCGCUUUUCUCAAAAGCAGCUCGAGUUAGAGUGCAUUUAACCAUAACUGAGGCACUUAAAUUUGUGAGCAGCACCAAGUAAUAAUUGCAUUUGUCAUUUUUUUUUCGAAUUUAUAAGAAUAACAUUAAUCUUUUAAUUUGCAGUUAACGUUAUGACAAUAAACAUUUAGCAUUAAGCAUAUUACUAUAGCAUUUAUAAGCUAGCAUGCGCGCUAGUCUUCAAUACAGCACGUAUGGAUCAUUGUAAGUUUUCUGUCGCCCUCAAUUAUUUUCGUACAUUCAUUUCUCCAUAAUUGUUUAUGUUGUAGCUGUUUUUGUUUACAUGAAUAGUUUUGCUUUCUCCUUAAAUAUGCUGGAAUGUUUUUGAAGAAUAUGUUAAAUUUAUGAUUUAAGUUACAGUUUAUCAGUUGUCUUGUUGAAAUGAAAAUAAAGCAUAUAGAAAUAUA